GCUCAGGGUCCGGCUCUGGCUGGGGAGGCUCAGGGCGCUCCGCUCUCCCGUGGCACAGAGCCGGCGGGACGUGGCUCCUGGAGGCAGCGUCAGGGCGACGGGAGCAGCUCCAGCUCUGUCUGCACCGAGGACUUGGCUGCCGCAUUUUGGGAGGGCAUGGUGGAGCACGCAGUGUUCUCCGAGGGGGAGGAGGAUGAGGCCCUCUCUUUCCCUACCAAGGACGAUGGCGAUGGGCAGGAUGCGUCCCUCUCCGUGAGACCAGGCUGUCCCUGGCGGGACACGUCCCCAUGGCUGACGAGGAGGGAGAGCCUGGAGUCCCUGGGAGUGAGGAUUUCCACGCUGAGCCAGAUCAGUGCUGGGACAGCCCGAGGGGGUCCCUGCCCAGCCCCCUCUGAGGGGGACACGGGGCAUCCCUGGAGACCCCCAGGCAGCUUGGCCAGCAGGAGUGGGGCCGGGACCGGGGGACGCCCCAGGAGCAAGCCCACGGAGACCAGACAUCAGCAGCCAGCAGCUGUCCGGGGGUGGCAAGGAAGGGACGCCGCCCUCACAGUGGAGAAGGAAGGAGGUGGCAGCAGGCAGAGGGGAGCUCGCUGCUCAUCUCACCGUACUGAGGCAGCAGCGGGACCCUCCGGCAGAUGCAGCCCCCACUCCAAGGUGCCGAGCUUCGUGUCCUGCCCAGGCGGAGUGACCCAGCCCCAGUGGCAGUGCGGGAGGCUGGCAGCUGUCCUGUCCCACAAGCUGGUGUCGCUGCGCAGGGCCCUGCGGAGGAGUCAGGAGAGGACGCAAGAGCUGGGAGCUGGUGCUCGGGGGACCUGGAGAGAAGGGGAAAGAGGCAGGUGUGCUGCAGCCCUCAGGGAUUCAUCCUGCUCUGAGGCUGGAGCCACAGCCCUGAGGAUGGGGCUGAAACCCCAAAGGGUCCCAUGGGUGGGCUCCGGGGUGUCCCGGUGGGAACAUGGGUGA